AUGUCCAGAUUGUGGAAAAAGUGUGGAAAAAGUUUCACUUACUAUUCUGACCUGGUGAAAUACCAGAAGACUCACAUAGGAGAGAAACCGUUUAAAUGUCCACAGUAUGGGAAAAGUUUCAAUCAGAAUUUCAACUUGGUGAACCACCAAAGGACCCACACAGGCAAAAAACCCUUUGAACGUUCUGAUUGUGGGAAGAGUUUUAGUCAAAAUUCACACUUGAUAAUACCCCAGAUGACUCAUACGGGAGGGAAGCCAUAUGAGUGUCCAGAUUUAGAAGAAGUGGAGAUAUUGAAAGGGAAAUAUAAAUUACAAAUAGGAGAUAGUAUUAAAUAUUUAGGUAUUGACAUACGAAAAAAUAUUCAGGAGUUAAAUAAAAUAAAUUAUGAAAAGCUAAAGAAAGAUAUGAAAGAUGAAAUAGAUAAAUACGAGAAAGAUCAAGAAUUAAAGCAAAUACAAGGCUGCUGGAAGUGUAUUGUAAUGGAGAUGAAGAGGAUACCAAUAAGAGCACUCCGAACAAGUGAGGAAACUGGCAACUUGGUGAUGCAUCACACUAGGAAGAAGCCGUAUAACUGUCCAAAUUGUGGAAAAUCUUUAAUUGAUAAUUCCCACCACAGAACUCACACCGGAGAGAAACCCUUUGAAUGUCCUGAUUGUGGCAAACGUUUCAGUCAGAGUUCAAGCCUGGCGAAACAUAAAAUGACUCACACCGGAGAGAAACCCUUUGAAUGUUCUGAUUGUGGCAAAUGUUUCAGUCAAAACUCCAGCUUGAUGGUACACUAG